GCCAGAUCAAGGUACCUGUUCUCUCGCCUGCUGCUGCUACCCAUCGAAUUUUCGUUGUCGUUGCUAUUCGGACGAUCAUCGAGCGCAGUGACAUUUUGCGCGCAGAUGGCUGAACUGGGACGAAAGUCAAGCGAAUCGAUACAAACACCUCCUCAUGCGGCUCACUCGACUCUGGAAGAACAGGCAUGGCGUGAAGAGCUACAGCUCGGAACAGACCUGAAUUUGUCUGCUCCACCCGCUGUAUCCGAGCAUGAGGUCGCUGGUGCAGGCGAGACUGACGGUGCUGCGCCGCCUCUGGAUAGGAAGGCGCUCAUAUUGCUGCUCAUACAACACUUUUCAAACUCGUGGGGCCUUCGUACCGCAGAGUUUGCUGUGUACUUGUUCCUCAUCACGCUUUUCCCGGACACACUGCUUCCCGCCUCCCUCUUCGGCUUCCUGACCACAGGCACUGCAAUCGUUUUGUCAGGAUGGGCGGGACACCAAGUGGACGUGCGGCACAAUCUGUGGCUGAUACGCGCAUGCAUUGUGAUCAUCAAGGUUUCUGGCUGCGGUGCAUAUGCGGGUUCCCUCGGAUUGCUGUACCACAGUGGUCAGGGAUUGGCGCACUAUUGGUCGACUGCAUUCGCCGCUGGGAUGUUCACCGUCAUCGUCAUUUGCAGCUGUGUCCACAACCUUGCGGGAGUUGCCAUCUCCGUUGCCAUUGAGAGGGACUGGGUGACGAUCAUAGCAGACGGGUCGUCUGUGCAUCUCACUACCAUCAAUACGUACAUGCGCCGCAUCGACCUGCUGUGCAAGCUGCUCGCGCCGCUGUUUGUCUCCCUCCUCACAACCACUGCGUCGUACAGGUUUGCUGCCUCUUUCCUGUGUGGAGUCGAGGCAGUGUGUAUGGUAUUUGAGCUACUGUGGAUUGCGGUGGUUUAUCGACGCUUCCCCGCGUUGAGCGCCGCCCAAGCAGCUAAAGAUGCUGCGCGAUCAGAGAGCCCUCAGCGUCAGCAAUCGGCUCCCAAUGUAUCUGCAUUGCACUCUUUCGCUCGCCGGAUACGUUCAUACGUCCUCAGCGGUCUCUCGGACUGGAAAGAAUUCGUUCAACACCCAAUCUUUCUGUCUUCCCUUGCAAUCUCUUGCCUAUACUUCACUGUCCUCAGCUUUGACGGCACGAUGAUUAGCUGGCUCAAGGCCGAAACAUACAGCGACCCGUUCAUUGCGGGGAUGCGCGGGCUCAACGUCGUAGCAGGACUCAUCGGCACGUUGGCGAUGCCGUUCUUGGAGCGCAAGCUGGGCCUUGUGCGUGCGGGCAACUGGAGCAUAUGGUCGGAGGCACUUUGUCUAGUGCCUGUUGUUAUCUCUUUUUACGUCGGUGAACCGCCAAUCGGAAAGCAAGCGCCUGCAUGGAACGAAGCUUUGCUCUUCGGAGGGAUGAUGCUAUCGAGGAUUGGCUUGUGGGCGUUUGAUUUAUGUCAACUGAAGGAACUCCAGAUGGCGUUGUCUACACAUCCCCGUCGAAAUGCAAUCUCUGCACUUCAGUUCUCUUUGCAGAACGUAGCAGACAUGCUCAAGUACGUCCUCACAAUGAUCCUAUCACGACCGUCUCAGUUCAGGAUCGCUGCAUUGACCUCCUUCGUGAGUGUCGUGAUGGGUUCAGUGACGUAUCUGGCGUAUGUCCGCAGAGAACGCGGGCAUAUUCUGCACAAUAAUCUCGGAGAGAUGAUUCCGCUCUUGAACUGGAAGGCGCGGUAGUGCCUGUCACGUUCAUCAAUGCUGUCGGUGUAGCGAUCUAAUGGCAAUCCCAAUCAUGGUUUAAUUCGCAAUAUGAGAUCGUCUCUUGAGUACG